UAACAAUCUUUGCGGCGGCGGUAGUGUUCAUUUUCACUAGAGGCUCAAUAGCAGCUUUCAGACCAACCAGGCCAGAUGACACAUCAAACUCAGGCGAAGCCCUCGACACUAGAGGAUCAGCAGUAGCGGGUAAUCCGAGCGAGGUACCGACGCCGAUCGGGAUGCCCAACUGCGUCACGUCAUGCGGCAACGUGGAUGUGCCGUACCCGUUCGGCAUUGGCCCGAACGCCAGCUGCUACCUGCCGGGGUUCAACCUCGCAGGUGACACUAGCGGCGGCGGGGCACGGGGUUCAAGCCCGCUGCUACCGGACGCCGACAAAGUCCUCUGGACCCCCGAUGUUGGGUACCCUUUUCUGCAGCCCCACCGCAAUGGUGAUCUAUACAUCGACGUCGACAGCGAUGGUAACGGCAACGGGAUGUUCAGCAGCGGGCUUAGACACGCCGGGGCGCCAUACACGCUGGCGAGUUGCCAGAGGACGGUGAAGAGCGGCCAUGUCAUCGUGGCCAGCAGCACGUGCACCUCGCUCUGCGACUGCGUCGAUACAGAAGAAGACCAUCAGUCGCCACCCACAGAACAAGACGAUGAAAGCGGCAUACCAUACUACCACCCCGACAUCGUCUCGUCCGGUGGUGAAGAUGAAGAUAACGACAACGAAGCAUACAACAUCACCAACAACGGAAUGUCGUCCGACUACGAUGUACUCCCUCCGUUCUUAAAUAUAAGUCUUUUUAGAGAUUCCACUACAAACUAUAUACGGAUAUAUAUAGAUAUAUUUUAGAGUGUAGAUUCAUUCAUUUUGCUUCGUAUGUAGUCCAGUAUGUAGUCCAUAGUGGAAGCUCUAAAAAGACUUACAUUUAGGAACGGAGGGAGUACAACUCACAUGGUUGGGUCGUCGAAACCGUAGCGCGGACCUGGAGCUUGUGGAGUUGAGCCCUGUCUAUGACAAGCUCCCAAUACAGCCAGGUACAUUAAUUAGUUCGUUCGAUCGACCAAUGCUAGCUAAUGCAGACACUUUUAAUUUCUGAUCGUUUAUGUAUCUUUAUUUUGCACGAAUAUGUUUCAUUGUUGCUACAUAUUCGUCUGUCAGUCGGCUGGCAUUGUUCCGUUUUUCCUCCCAUUA